AUGGUGAUAGCAUUAGUUUUCUUUAUUAGUUUAAUUUUACGUAUCAAUGCUGAAUUCGAACAAUGUUUCGCUGAUGUCGAAACACCAUAUCCGUAUUUUAGUUCGAGAACUCCGUAUUUUGCCAGUAGAACUUCCGAUAUAGAGCCUGAAACUGAUUGUACUCCAACCUACAUCUGGGCAUUAAUUAGGCAUGGGACAAGAUAUCCUGGUUUAAAGUUAAUCAAUUUAGUGAAUCAGUUAUACCAGCUGAGGAACGAAAUAGUAUUGAAUCAUAAAGAAGGAAGAGGAGAAUUAUGCCAAAAAGAUAUACAAAAUUUGGAAAACUGGAAGACCAAUCUGACAGCGGAUUUAGAAUACGAGUUGACUUUUCUAGGAAUUGACGAAGAAAUAUUUCUAGCUCAGAAAUUUAAAAAUGCAUUUCCGACGUUGUUCGAGUCGCCGACUAAAGAUUCAUUUCUAUUUCAAAGCUCAGCAGCGAAAAGGACGAAAGAUAGUGCAAUUGCGUUCACCAAUGAACUACUUGGGACUAAUUUUUCCUCCACUGACAAUAACAACAUAACGGUGAAUGAAGAUUUACUGCACUUAAACAAACAUUGCCCGAGAUACACAAAAGAUGUAGAAAAUAACCAGUCAACUUACCGAGAAGUAAAUUUGUUCAAGGAAUCCGAUGUGGUUGAAAAUUCAAUUUCCAAUAUCAGCUCUCGUUUAGGUUAUAAUCAAUCGCUAGAAUAUGAUUCUGUUGUAUUAAUGUAUGAUAUGUGUUCGUACGAAAUGGCGUGGUAUUUAAAUUCAAGACCCGCAUUUUGCGCUGCUUUCCUACCUGAAGAUUUGAAAAUCUUUGAAUAUCUUCUUGAUAUGAGCGAUUAUCAUGUUAAAGGAUAUGGUACUCCUUACUCGAGUAAAAUGGGAUGUGUUACUGUGAAAGAUAUGGUGAUGUCUCUGGAAAAUGCAGCAAGAGAUCCCGAAUCAACGCGCAAAGGAACGUUUUAUUUCAGUCAUUCAGAAACGAUUCUUCCUACGACAGUGAAAUUAGGCUUACAUCAAGACACAGAACCACUUUUACACGAUAAUUAUGAUGAAAUGAAAAUGCAUCGUAAAUGGAAAUUAGCUCUAUUCGAUAGCUUCGCUGCAAACAUAAUUGCAGUUCUUUACAAAUGUCACUCUUCAAAUGGCGUUCAGGAUAUUGUAUCAUUUUAUCAAAACGAACGCAAAGUUGUGUUACCAAAAUGUGCCUCUAAUCCUUGCACAUUGGAAGAUCUCAAACAAAGUUUCAGCGAUGUGUUCGACGAAGAUAAAUGUAAUUUUGAAUUUUGUCACGCUUCUGAGCCAUUAAAACCGUCGGCAGGAUAUUCUUCGUUUAUAAAUUUAAGUGUUUUUAUUGUUUGUACUUUUGUUACCUAUUUUGUGUGAGUGUGUUUUUCAUUUCCUAAAAUACAGUCAUCUUUAUUUA